GCUGCUGCAGCAGAACCUGUCGCAGCUGCAACUGCAGCACAGCACGCCCUUCUCCGUGACCGACAUCCUGUCGCCGAUCGAGGAGUACCGCAAGCUGGAGCUCGCCAACAACCCGCCGUCGCCGUACAGACGCUGAGCGGCGCACCCCGCACACGCAACCGGCUCCGUCGGUCUCGUUGGCCCCGUCGGACUCUAGAGGCCUAGGACAUGCAGGACCCGGUCUGGUUCGGGCACGAGCUGCCGCGCAGCCUCUUGUACCAUAUCGAUGCUGAGACAGCUAAGUCGAAUUCCUCUGGCAGCAGCAUCAACUCCCCGCUCGGCGGGGGCUCGUGCAUGGCGGGCAACCCGUACGCCGUGCCGCUGUACGGGCAACCCGUGCAGGGCUACGGUUGCGCGCCCUCGGACCUGCCGCACUACGGAGACAUGCGCGGGGCCUCGUGGUACCCCGCAUCUAACGACCCCAGGUUUGCCAUUUCCAGGCUGAUGACGUCCACCUCGGGCGGCAUGGGGCAUGUCAACAACAUGGGAGGCCUAGCCGCGUGCGCCGGCCCCGACGCCAAGCCCAUGCAGUUCCCUCUCGCGCAGCGGAGGAAGCGGAGAGUGCUGUUCACGCAAGCCCAGGUGUACGAGUUGGAGCGAAGGUUCAAGCAGCAGAAGUACCUGUCGGCGCCCGAGCGGGAGCACCUCGCGUCGCUCAUACACCUCACGCCGACGCAGGUUAAAAUUUGGUUUCAAAACCACCGUUACAAGUGCAAGCGGCAAGCCAAGGAGAAAGCCAUGGCGGAGCAGAACCAGCACAACCAGUCGUCUUCAUCCCCCCGGAGAGUAGCCGUCCCAGUACUGGUGAAGGACGGCAAGCCGUGCGGCUCGGGCGAGUCGUCGUCGCCCGCGCACUGCGCCACGCCGACGUCCGGCUACGCGCAGCCCCAGGCGGCGUGCUCCAACCCGCUGGCGUCCUACCGCCAGCCCGCCUACCAGCAGCAGUGCUCCGGCUACCUCCCCCUGCAGGGCCGGGCGUGGUAGAAGUUCCCCCAGCUUUAUCAUGAGACCAUGUUCAAGGAGGAGAUGUAUUUUGAUUAGGGAGUAGGUGAUGCGGUUUGGCUGAGCGACAACUGAA